GAGGCUAACUUCAUGCGAAUCGAAUGCUUGUGACAAAUGUCAAAUUUUUGUAUUCAAAACAAAUAAGUACAAUUUAUAGAAAGUACAAGUUUCCACGAACCGAAAGAAAAAACAAUGUGGGUGGGCUUAUUGAUCAUCACAAAAUGAGUCUACAAACUGAUAAUUUAUUUCUCAAUUGGGAUACAAUCAUUUAAGACGCUUAGAAUUGUUUUGAAUAUCCAAACAAUAUGGAUUCAGUUCCUAUAUUACUAGUCACCGCAAAUGUGGGUUCGAUUUUUGACGAUCCAACGGAUUUAUUGAAAAUAUGGAUAGCCGAAUUCUUAUCGAAAAUUUCAAAUAUGGACGUGAAAUUUAUAGCUGUACAUUGUCAAGAAGUUGGCGGAAAAAAGUACGAGAAGUCCAUGAAACAUGUAGACUCUUUCGUGAAAACUCUUUUAAACAGCAAUGAACUGAAAAGUUUCAAUAAAGUUUGUGUAUUUCUUGACGAAGAUUUCAGUUCAGUCCAACAUUUCACUGCUUUGGGGAGUUUAUAUUUUGUUCAUGAAACUGUUGACGCUUCGAUUUGGAAUUUUAAAGAAUCUAAAUUUGUUCCACUAGCAGAGAAGCAAGUGUAUUCUGGCAAUAUUGAAGCUGUACCCAUAAAAGAAAAAGCAAAAUUUCCUCAACAUUUUUUUCCAGAAUGUAAGUGGUCUAGAAAAGGAUAUAUGCGAACUCGUUGGUCAAUUUUCGGCACAAUUUUCGAUCUGAUAAACAUUCAUCUGUUUCACGAUGCUUCAAAUCUAGUCGCCAUGACUACGUAUCCGUCGGUUUAUAGUAAAAAUCGCAAAUACGCUUUGGAACACACGCUGCAGCGAUUCCACAAUGACCAAUAUGAAAAUGUUCCGUAUUUUGUUUUUGGAGACUUUAAUUUUCGUACUGAUACAAAGGGUGUUAUUAACAAAUUAACAGACGGGUUGAUAAAAUCUAGAAUACAAAAUACCAAAAAUAAUGACCAAACUAAAUUGCAGUAUACAAAUGAAGAAAAUGUAAUUUUAAGUAUUGGCAAAAAGGAAUUCAGUCAUAGCGACCAUGAAAAUAUGUUUUUGGAUUAUAAUUGGUUGCGAUCAUUUGACAAAGAAAUUGACGCCUUCAAGGAUAUUUUGGCCGAAUUUCCGCUGGUAUUUGCACCCUCGUACCCUUUCGAGGAACAGGUGUCCAAAGCCAAUAGCUACAUGCCGACCCGGUGCCCAGCCUGGUGCGACAGAGUUUUACUUAGUCACUCCGCCAAAGAAAUAAUUAAAGUAGACCACCCUGUAGAGUACGGACUGUUGGGUCCUAACACCUGCAUGGGGGACCAUAAACCUGUGUACCUUAAACUAAAGCUGGCGAAAGACGCAGGUAUAGUUAGAUGUUGUGGCGAUAGUGCACCACCGCUGCUACGCUUGCCUUCCGAUGAUAAGUGUCGAUGUUUCUGUCGAACUUUAGUCACCGUUCCUAUAAACAUUAUCGAUACGAGCGACGAUUACUUAACCGAAAAAUCAAUUCCGGAAGUCGCGACAACUAACUCUAAGUACUUACAACCCUCCGCCAGGGUUCAGACAACUCUGGAGCCCUAUACUCCAGAGAGUUCUGCCUCGCGAUCGCCUUUUUCUGAGGAAAACGACUCGGAAGAACCGGAAGUUCAGAGGCGAACUUCCUUUUGUCCGGCUCAACUUAAAAAUAAGCUAGAAAAUAUUUUAUUGUCUUCGGACGGUGAUAGCAAUAAUUCUUCGCUUGCACGACGGAGUGUGAUAGUUGACGAAAGUACUGAUCGUAUCGGUGAUAGUUCUAACGUAAGAUCUCGGGCGAAUUCAACAAAAACGCGAACACUAGGAAGCAAUAUCGAGUACAAAAGGUUCAAUUUUAUUAGGUUUAAGAAAAAAUCUCGGAAAAAAAAUAUAUCGUGCAUUGAGGCUGUAUGUGCUAUAGCAUGAUGCUGUAUUAGUGCGGUAGAGCCUGUGGAUUAUGUUUUAUUUUCAUUGUUUGAAGUCUGAGAAUUUUUUUGAUUUUUUUUUGUAUUUGUUUCGACUUAAUAAAAGAAUGUUAGAAAU